AUGGAAACCCAUAUGCUUGACUCAGACUGGCAGCUGAGGCAAUAUGACGAGAAUGACCAAGACGAACAUCCAUGGCUUCCUGUCGAAAAGGUUCCAAGCGAAGUCCAUGAGAAACUCAUGCGACACGGCAAAAUUCCGGACCAUUCUGUUGACCUGAAUGAGUUCUCUUCUGGUAACAUGUUCAUCGAGUACCGGGUUCCCGUUCACUAUUUGCUCGAGAAGGGAACGCCAGCGCAAGAUGGCGUGAACACACUGGACAUUAUCUUCGAACCGGCUCGAAAACGCGGACUGGAGAUCGUGAAAGAUCACCCAGAGCAUGACUUCAUUGUGCACCAGACCGAAUGCUACGAAGCCAAGAUUGAGAAUCUGAAGAUAGAGUAUGAGCUGGUUUGGGAAAGCGGGGAGAGGGCAACGGCAAGCCAUGUCUUGGUUUCGGCAGACAUACUGGAGCUAGCCAAUGUACCAAGGUUGAGAUCCUGUUCCACGGGAGAACUGUUGCCCAAUGCACCGAGUUCACACCCAGCGGCAGCGAAAACCCCGCCUCAACGACUACGUAUACCUCCGAAGCUCUCAAGGUCUAUGACCCUCAGCUCUGGUGGCCCAGGUGCUACGGACUGCAGAAUCUCUAUGAAGUGCGAUUGCAAUUCGUCACCAUCAACGGCACCGUGGAAGAGAAGCGAAAAACCAUCGGGUUCCGAAAAGCAGAACUUAUCCAGGAGAAGGAUGAAGACGGCCAAUCCUUUUACUUUCGCAUCAACAACACCGAACAUCUUCAUCGGGGGUUCCUGCUGGAUUCCCGCUGACAGCAUCCUGACAAGGCUUACCCCCGAGCGGUACCGGGAAUGGAUGUCCUUGCUGGCUGAAGGAAACCAAGUCAUGAUCCGGAUCUGGGGUGGAGGGAUAUACGAGUCGGAUGCCUUUUACGAGGCCUGCGAUGAGCUGGACAUCCUGGUUAUGCAGGCCGACGCAAUGUCGUGGGCCUACAAGUCAUGGCGUCAAGAUUGGGGAUCUGCCGGGAAGAGGAAGUGCGGAGGUGUGCUAGUCUGGCAGCUGAACGAUUGCUGGCCAACCGUAUCCUGGGCGAUUGUUGACUACUAUUUGGUGAAGAAGCCGGCGUACUAUGCCAUUAAAAGAGCUUUGCAACCACUAGCUGUGGGUGUGACGAGGGAGUUCCAUGACUGGACUAAGCGGCCGGCUGAUGAGCUUUGGAGGAGAGAUACGGGCCAUGUUGAUCCAAGUAAGGCACACCGGGACGUGAAGUUCGACGUUUGGGUGUCAAGCUCUGAGACACGGACAGUCAAGGCCAAGAUUGCGGUGAGGCUCAUUUCGAUCGCCAGCGGGAAAGACGUUGGGGACCGGCUAGAAAGAGAGAUAGAACUGAGGCCGAAUGGAUCUACCGAGGUCAUAGCAGGCUACCGGGUUGAAGGUUCCACAAAUGGUGAACACCCCGAACCGUUCGUCAUUCACGCUGUCUUGAUCGUGGAUGACAAGCACGUCUCCUACGACAUCUCUUGGCCUGAGCCAAUCAAGUACCUUGACUUCACUGAUCGUGAUGUUGAGGUCAGGGAUAUCGGCAAUUCUAUGGUAGAGAUCUCAGCACAGAAGCCAGUCAAGGGCUUUGUGUUCGCGGAGAAACAGGGUAUGAAGCUCAGUGACAACGGGUUCAAUUUGGUCCCCGGGGAAGAGCCUAGACGAGUGCAUGUCGAAUUCAGUGACGGGAGCCUGAAAGUGGACAACUUGGAUUGGACAUUUGUUGGCCGAUUGUAUGCUUAG